AUGGCCGACAGCUCUGCUCGUAUUAUCAAGCAAGAGACAUCAAUCAUGGACUUCGAUACACCCAGCCCUCCGCUAUUCCGAUCUGAGGAUCUAGAGGCCAUGCACGUCCGUAUGCUACGACGUCCGCCCCAGUACGCAGCAGCUACCAUGACUUCUUCUGAGUUGUCCGAGUACAUCAGACAUCAGCGUAUGUUUCUGCAGGAUCACUUGAUCAACUGGGAGCAGCGACCCUGGUUCUAUGUCGGCGAGACUGUGAAUGGUACAAAACCACCGUCCCCCCUCCCAUAUGUACACGACCCCUUCUUGUUCAUGGCCGCGUCCCCCGAACCAGAUGCCUCGCCUUUGGGGUUUACGUCGCCGCUCCCGAGCCCGUCCAGCCCCGAUCAUUCGCUUUCGACAACUCAGUCGUCGCCUCCCGACAUUGCAUUGCCAACCAAUGCGUCGGAGGACCCCUCAGUCACCAGUCCAGCUACCCCAGAAGAUGCGCUGGACGAGGAUGAAGUGGACGAGUACCUUUUGCAACCUGGCGAGAAGGUGGCCGCACGAGCUGCGACUCUCGCUGAGCCAGACCCGCCCGCCCUUCUUUCUGCAUUCACCAGAGGAAGGGCACUCCUCCGUAAACUCCUCAUUCCCUCCAAGCGCGGAAAGAAGCGAACCCGUCGACAAGUAGCGGAGGAGGACAAGGAGAACGAGAGGGCGCAGCGACUCCGCGCGGAGGAGCCAGCAGCCGGUUCAUCGACCGCGCCUGCGAGAUACCCAGCGCGCAAGAGAGCGAAGCGAGCUUGA